UUUUGCUAAAUUUUUGCUAAAUUUUAUCUAGAAUAAGAAUGAUAAAUCAAUCCAACCCUUAUCGUGGAUAAAGCAAGGAUAAAACCGAAGCCCUGCAAACAAACCCCCGCUAAUCCUAAGCUUCUUCAUUCACUUCUGAAGUUAACAAUGUCGACAAUUUCAACAUUCCAACCAUUUUCUCCUUCACUUUACAAAUUCAACUACCCCAAAUCUUUAUCCCAAACCAAUUCUUUUGCACUUCACUUCCAGAAAAAUGCAAUUGCUACCCAUAAUUUGAAUAUGACCCAUAACUCUAAAUGGAUACGGGUUAGGUCAGCUGAGGAAGACGCUCAAAUCCCAGAAACACAAACUGAUACAGAUGCAGCUGUUGCUGAAGAACCUGACCAAACUGUUGCAAUCCCGGUUUCUCCUUCUGAUAAGUUGAUUAUGUUUUUCCAGGCAGAAGGAACAUUGAAUGAAUCAGCUAUCCCCAAUGUCACCCAAGCAUUAGAGGUAACAGAAGGAGUUUCUGAUCUGAAGGUUCAAAUUUCCGAGGGCAUUGCAAGUGUUGAGCUUACGAAGCAGACAACAAUACAAGCGACGGGUGUGGCAUCUAGUCUGCUUGAAACAAUACAAGGAGCUGGCUUCAAGUUGCAAACAUUGAACUUGAGUUUUGAAGACGAUGAAUUGUUAGCUGGGGUCUAGUACUUUUUUCCAAAAAUCAUUGUAGAAAACAAUUUAAUGUAAUCUUAGCUGAGGCGCUGUAAUUUAAUGUUUUUAUCAUUGUUUUCAUAAAGAAAGUGAUUCUCAUGUAGUACUAAAAUUUGCUUCAUUUGUCGUAGAUAUUGAUAUUCAUUGCUAUAUUGUAUCGUCAUAUUUUUUAUUAAUUCAUAUUCUAAAAUAUCUCUCGA